AUGGGCUCCUUGAGCGAAACACCCGGUGUCUCUUCGGGUAUGCAGCGUCGUCCUCUCCCAUUGAAGGUCUGCAAACAGGUCAUCCACGCCGUUCGUUCUAUCUCCCCCGGUUACGACACACUCCGCGAGGAAACCCAAGCAGUGCUCGCUUGUGCCCUCGUCUGCCGUGAUUGGAAAGCGGUUUCACAGUCCGUUCUUUGGGAGGCCGUGGCGGUUCGCACAGACGAGCAGAUCGAACGCUUGAUCCACGCUUUCGGGCGCAAGACAAGCUCAGAGCAAGGGGACCCUCUUAAAGUUUACACCUUGUGCACCUCGCAGUCGAAUUCUGGAAUACGAUUCAGCGCCGCAAGCGGCGAAAACGAUGCCACCAGCACCGAGAGACCGAGAGAUAUCCAGGCAAACCCAGCGACCACUCAACUACGGGAUCUUCUGGUGAAGCUGGGCUCCACUGGCACGGACUUGCGUACACUCGACCUGAAUGCUGUCAUAUGGACAGAGUGGCCAAUCCGCCUCGAUCAGUUUUGGCAGUGGCCAUUCGCCCAAUCGCUCGAGGAGCUGCGGCUGAGCGGUUGCCCAGCGGUGAAGAAACUCGAGCUUGAACUCGACAACAUUGUGCUUACCGCUACCUCAUCCCCGAAGCCGGAUACUCUUUCCUCCAAUAUUGGAGACUCAAAGGACAUCGAAGCCUUCUCCGCCCAUCCCGACCUGCAGAUGUCCUUGCUAGCCGCCCUUUACGAGGCUACCCCGCAUUUGAGAUGGGUUCUCGUAGCGCGCACUAUAGUCGGCGACGAUGAUUGA